ACAAAGUCCUUUAUAAGAAGGAGAAAAGUAUAAAAAGUUCACGAAAAUGAGUCAAGAAUCAUUGACUGGAAAUCGUGGAACGAAUGUUCAGAUGCAGGUCCAGGUGUGCCGGGGAUCUCCGGUACUGGAGGGACGAUACACACAAUCAGGACAAAGCUCUCCUCAAGGAAUCUCAUCGUUACAAACAAUUGUAAGAGCACAAGUUUUUUUUUUGUUAUCCACUUUGACAAAGGAUAAUUAUGAUACUACAGUGAUGCAAUUGAAAGAUUUAUAUAAGGAAAACGGGCCAGAUAUUUAUUUGCAUCUUUUGAGACGAUUGAUUCAAUAUAAUGUGGGUACUAUUUUGGGGUUAACGAGGAUGCAUGAAAAUCCAGCAACAUAUAAAUUGCUUUCAGAGGAGAUAUAUUCACUUUCUACAACACCAUCAGCAUCGUAUCAAUUUGGUAAUGCAAUUUCAGGGGCAGCAUCGGGAAUUUUUAAUGAUUUUGAUAUGAAAAAGUUUUGCCGAUAUUUUGAUCUUGAUGCAUUUCAAAAAUCAGUUUUAGCUUCAAGCCUUUUGCAAUCAUCAAAAAAAGAUUUACAAGCAUUGGAAAUAAUGAUUGAAAAUAUAUAUGGCGUUAUUGAAAUUAUUAAAGAAGGAAAAUAUCAAUCGAAACUUACGGAUGAUGAGAUUGUAAUAUUUUUGAAUCAAUAUUUUCAUGAAGAAGAAACUUUUACACUCAAUUCGCAUCAGAAAUUCUUAUUUGAUGCAGUUAUUCGUGAAAAAUACUCAGGUACAGAAGUUCCUGUUAUUGUCGAAGAGGCACUUCAACAAUAUUUAAAAUUGGACGAUACUUUACAAAUGAUUAUAGAUGUAUUAAAAAUUAUAGAUUUGGAUGUUCCGGCUUUUGAAGAAACCCUUAAAGGAAUUUUUUAUCAUAAUAAAAUUAUAGAAAAAACACCUUUCAAUGAGUUUUCCUAUUUAAUAUCUGACACUUUAUUUAUUAUGUCUACACCCGGCUUUAUUGGAUGGGAUACAGAAAUAUUUGGAAAAAUAAUAUUUCAACUGAUCCCUGAAUUAAAUGUUGAGGAUAUAAUAAAAACACUGGAUAGACCUACAAUUCCAACAAGAAAUUAUUUUAAGUUAGAUAUGUUUCUUAAAGGAAUAUCUAUAAUGAUUGAAAAUGAUAAAUCACAUUUUCCUUUAAAAUUUCUGUGGGCUCCAUGGAAACAUCCUCAUUCUCAGCUUCAAAUAUUGCAAUAUUUAACAUCAAUGUCCUCUGAUUCUUUCAACCUUUUAUCUUAUUCAUGUCAAAAAAUUCUUUCUCUUGAAAAUUUUCAAGAUAGCAGUUCUACUAUAAAAGCUUUCGCUGCUAAUUUGGAAACUCAAAUAUGGAAUUCUUUCGAUUUGAUAAAAACUAUGAUCAUACUUUUAGAUAAUCCUAAAUCUAAUGAAAAUGCAUCUGCAUUCUUAGACAAGGCAAUGCAAUUAGCUCCUGAAUUGGUAUUUUUGGGCUUAGCUCAAAAACAGAAACCAUGGAGCGUAGAACAUGUUAAAUUAAUGGAUAAAGGAUUCGAUAUGUUUUUUUCUAGGCAUUCAAAUUAUCAAUUAGUAUUUAUUAGACUUUGGCAGGUAAAUCCAGAAUAUAUGGGAAGUUCAUUCAUUAAGUUGCAUUCAAAAAACCCAACAUGCAUAAAUCAAAUUCUUAAUAUUUCUGAAGAUUUGAAAAUUAAGGAUUCUCUCUUAAAAUUACGACCAUAUUCAUUUUCCAUUGAUUUUGCAGCACAGGCAUCAAAACGGCAAUAUUUAAAUUUAGAAAAAUGGUUGCAAGACAAUAUUAAUGAAAAUCAUGAUUUUUUUAUUCGAGCUUGUUUAGAUUAUUUAAACUUCAAAUCAUCUUUAGAAAAUACUCAACAAUUUUCAGAUACUUCAUCGCCGGCAACUAGAUUGCGUAUUGAAACCGUUGCUAUCUUCUUAAGAGUUCUUAUGAACAAUUCAAUGUCGGCUGCUAAUAGCGAACUUUUUAGAUCAGUUCAAACUAUUUGUUUGCAAGUAUAUCCUAGAUUAAUGAAUAUUGGUCAGGGAAGAGAUGAGAUUAUUACUUCAAAUAAUGAAAUAAAUACUUUUUCUAAAGAUGUCGAACAACAACAAGAAGCCUAUUAUCAGCGCCUUUAUAAGGGUGAUCUUAGCAUUAGUGAUUGUAUUAUUUUAUUGCAGAAACUAAAGGUUUCAGAAAAUCCUAGAGAUCAGGAUCUUUUUGCAUGUAUGCUUCAUAGUUUAUUUGAUGAAUAUCGAUUUUUCCCUGAAUAUCCAACUAACGCUUUAGCAAUUACUGCAAUACUAUUUGGUAGUCUUAUUCAAUAUCAAUUAUUAUCAUACAUUCCUCUUGGAAUUGCACUUCGUUAUGUACUAGAUGCUAUACAACAGCCUCCGAAUUCUAAUAUGUUUAAUUUUGGAGUUCAAGCUUUAAUUCAGUUUCAAUCAAGAAUUGCGGAAUGGCCACAAUAUAUAUCACAUAUUUUAAGAGUGACGCAUUUGCGGAUUUUUCAUCCGGAACUUGUGCAAAAUAUUCGUAAUUCUUUGAAUGCAACAAGACAUACUAGUUUUGGGGGGAAUUCUAAUUUAAUAACUGAGUCAUCCCAAACUCAACAGUAUCUACCUUUUAUAUCUGUACGACUUAGUAAACCUUUGCGCGAUGCAUCGUUUUUUGAAGAUCCAUCAGAAUCUGUACAAGAUAAGAUUUUAUUUAUUAUUAAUAACAUGUCUCAUGGAAAUUUGGAUCAAAAAACAGAAGAACUUCGUGAAUGUUUAUUAGAGCAAUACUAUAGUUGGUUUUCGAAACAUCUUGUCAAAAGAGCUAGUACUGAACCUAACUACCAUUCUUUAUAUUUUCAACUUCUAAAUACUUUAAAUAUUGAUUUUCUUAAGCAGCAAAUCCUUCAUGAAACAUAUGCAAAUGUUAUUCUUCUUUUAAAUUCUGAAAAAACUAUGCUUUCUACAAUGGAGAGAGGCUUUUUAAAAAAUCUUGGUUCUUGGCUAGGAGGGAUAACAUUAUCUCAAAAUAAGCCUAUUAAACAUAAUAAUAUCGCAUUUAAAGAACUUUUAUUAGAGGGAUAUGAUUCUAAGAGAUUAAUGGUUGUUCUUCCGUUUACUUGCAAAGUUCUUGAACAGGCAGCAAAUUCAAAAGUAUUUAAGCCCCCUAAUGCCUGGUUAAUGGGUAUAUUGAAGUUAUUAGCUGAGCUUUAUGAAUCAACAGAUAUAAAACUAAAUUUGAAGUUUGAAAUAGAAGUAUUAUGUAAAAAGCUGGAUUUAGAUAUCAAGUUUUUAGAAUCAACUUCUUUACUUAAAGGAAAAACUUCAAAGAUUGAAAGUGAAAAAAUCAAUGAAAAUGAAACAUAUCAUAAUCAGGACAAACCGUCUAAGAAAACAAGCGCGGAAACAACUUACUUUCAUAAUAAUCUUAUGAAUACCAAUUUUGUAAUACCGAAUUUGUCUAAUCAUUUUGUUAUUAAUCAGGGUAUUACAAUGUUUAUGAAUGCAACUAGUUUGAAAAGAGUACUCCAGAUCGCAAUUGAUAGAGCUAUUCGAGAAAUAAUUGGACCAGUUGUAGAGCGUUCUGUUACUAUUGCUGGAAUUUCUACAAAAGAAUUGAUUACAAAGGAUUUUGCUACUGAUCCUAGUGAAGAAAAGAUGAAGAAUGCUGCUCAUAUAAUGGUUCAGAAUUUGGCUAGUAGUUUAGCAUUAGUAACAUGCAAAGAAGCUUUACGCAUUAGUAUAACUACUAAUUUACGCAACAUUCUUUUACAGAAUGGGAUAAAUAAUCAACAAUUUCCUGAACAGGCGGCUAUGCUGAUUGUCUCUGAUAAUCUCGAUCUAGCUUGCUCUAUUAUAGAAAAAGCAGCUAUGGAAAGAGCAAUUCCAGAAAUAGACGAGAAUUUGUCUGUAGCAUUUGCAAAUAGAAAACGUCACAAGGAAAUGCGUUCUCGGCAUUUGUUUCUGGAUCCUUCUGUGCAAAGAGUUCCUUUAUCUCUUCCUGAUCCUUUGAGAUUGAAACCGCAUGGGCUUACUGCACAACAACUUGCAACUUAUGAAGAAUUCUCUCGAAUUCCAAGAACUGCAUCGCAGGCUAUUUCUAUUUAUGCUCAUGAAGAAUCACCACAUCAAGCAAACAUUGCAUCUGAAAAUAAUAUGUAUGGAAUAGAUUCGGAAAUGUCCCAUCAGCGGAAUAGUAGUGCUUUUGGAUUGUCAAGUUUAAUUAGUCAAACUGUAGAAAAGCUUACUAUUAUAAUUUUAGAAUUGGAAAAAAUAUCGUCUGAAGCUAAUUUCCAAUAUUUAUCAGAUGUUCCUUUAGAUCAUGAUAUAUAUAAGCUUCUUAAACAAAUAUGUAACUCUACUAGUCAAUUAAAAGCUUCUAUUAAGGAUGAUAUUAUUCUUGUUUCUGCACAGAGGGUUUUACAAUUACUUUUUAAGGGUAGUGAAUCAACUCUUAUGAUUGAAACAUUAUCUGUUCUUCUGAAAAAAUUUUCCGAACAAUCUCCUAAAACAUUUAAGGAUAUUGAAAUUUGGCUGCUUUAUUCAAAUGAUAAGCGAAAAUUAGAUGCUAAUGUUAUGGCUGCCCUUAUUAAAGUAGGUCUUAUAACAUCUUCUGAAUUGGAUAUUCAACUUUCAAAACAAAUAAUGAAACAAAAUAAUGCUGUUAUUGAGUUUACAGUAUCCCUUAUAAAAAAAAUUCUAUUAUCUAUUUCUACAUAUAAUUUUCAAACAGAAUUUUCUAAUUGUCUUGACGCAUUUGAAAUUCUUUCUAGAAGAGGGGAGGUACCUCAUUCUGUGACAGAACUUCUUCAGAUUGUUCAUAUUUCAAACAUGGAAAAGACAAAAACAAAUAUAUUACCUUCUAUGAAUGAGACUACUAUACAAGAACAAUUGGCAUAUAUUUUUGCAGAAUGGAUUCGAUUAUCAACACAUCCUGCCUCAAAUGAAAAAACUUAUAUAGCAUUCAUUUUACAAUUGCAACGUGAAAAAAUUAUCACUGAUGAACAAUUAUCAUAUACAUUUUUUAGAGUGGCUAUAGAUCUUAGUAUUAAUAAUCUUAUAAAACAGCUGGAAAACUAUGGAUCUUCUAACAAUCCUAAUUAUCUUCCAAUAGAUUCACUUUCUAAACUAAUAGUUUUACUUAUUAAGUAUUAUUCUGAUGAAAAUGAUAAUAAACCGAAUAUUUUAUUAAAAAUUAAAUAUUUUUCAAGUAUUUUGUCUAUUAUAACAUUGGUUUUUGCAAAUUAUCACGAAACUUUUGGGAGGAAUUUUUAUCAAAAACCAUUUUAUAAAUUAUUUGCAAACAUGCUGUAUGAAUUUAAUAAUGAAACAUAUUUUUCAGAUAUCCAAUAUGAUAUUCUUGAAACUUUAGGUGAAACAUUUUUAGCAUUACAGCCAUUGCAUUUUCCAAAAUUUACUUUUGCAUGGAUGACAUUGAUUUCGCACAGAUAUUUUAUGUCAUCUCUUCUUUUAUUGCCGGAUUAUAAGGGAUAUCCUAUUUAUAAUAAAAUCAUUAUUACUUUACUUGAAUUUAUCGCACCGUUAUUAGAGGAAACUGAACUGCACGAUACAACUAGAAUGCUUUAUAAGGGGACUCUUCGUCUACUAUUGGUGCUUCUUCAUGAUUUCCCUUCGUUUUUAGCAGACUAUCAUUUUUCUUUUUGUUCUAUUAUUCCUUCAAAUUGUAUCCAGCUUCGUAAUCUAAUAUUGAGUGCGUCACCUAAAACAAUCAGGUUGCCUGAUCCUUUUCAAUCAGGUCUGAAAGUAGAUCAAUUACCAGAAAGUUCUCAAAAUCCUACUAUUCGUACAGAUAUUUAUGCAGUUUUAAAGAGAUUUGGACUGAGAGAUCAAAUAAAUAGUUAUCUUUCUGGAGAAAAUGUAAAAGAUAUUAUUUCCAACAUAAUUAGUAAGCUACGAACUUGCGAGGAAUCUAUUUUCAAACAAGAAUUGAAACCAAAGAGCAGAAUUAAUGUACCCUUUAUAAAUUCUUUGGUAUUGUAUAUAGGAAUGAAGACUAUUGAAGACUUUCAAUUGCAAAAUAAUGGCGCCCAACUAAUAUUUUCACCUACAUCUGCAUCAAUGACUCUUUUUGUAAAAUUACAUAAUAGUUUGGACUUUGAAGGUCGUUAUUAUUUUCUUGAAGCAAUUACUAAUCAGUUACGAUAUCCAAAUAGUCAUACGUAUUAUUUUAGUUCUGUAUUACUUUCCUUGUUCGAAAACUCUACAGAUGAAAGCAAUAUAAUGAAAGAGCAAAUUACUCGAAUUUUGCUAGAAAGAUUUAUAUGUAAUCGUCCACAUCCGUGGGGUCUUCUUAUUACAUUUAUUGAAUUAUUAAAAAAUUCUUAUUAUAAUUUUUGGUCAUUGCCAUUUAUAAAAUCUAUACCUGAGUUUGAAUGCUUGUUUAAUAGUCUUUUUUCACAUAUAAAUAAAAAUAUUGAGAGUGUAGACGCUACAAAAUGAUAUAAACCAUUGGGACUUAUAAGGAAAUCAUGUUAAUAAUAUUG